ACAAAUUAUUAUUUUCUUAACACACAGAUGCUCUAAACAAAAACAAAACAAAAAAAUAUAUGCAAAUCUUUUAAUUCUAUUCUAGUUACACUUCAGUGGUCGAAAUAGGUGGCCUGGGAAAAACUAAUUGCCUCCGUUGUGACAAGCAGCCUAUCAAUAUCAGUCCAAAAGAAGUAUCAAAAUAAUUUCAGUGUAUUCCAAGUUUGGGUAUUAAAAGUACUGCAAUGUACAGUAAUCAACACACCUGAUUACUUUCAGUUUUGAUAACAGUCAUGGUCUUACCUCCACAUGUAAAAUUCUGUUUGAUUGCAUUUCACUGUGUGGUGUGUUAAUGUAAUAAUUUUACAGAAUAAUCAUUCUGUAAUUGCUGUUGCCUUGUUUUGCACUGACUUAUGGUACAGUAUAACAGCAAUCCGUUAUACUUCCAUAUGUUAAGCGUGGAUAUUUGUUUUUCCCAGCUGAGGCAAACACUGCAGAGGAGAGUAAGGACAAGCUGGAGGCAGAGUCCUUGACUGCAACUAUCUACUGCAUGCAGAUGUGAUGUUAUGAAAUGCAGAUGUAUGCAUCCCGUGUUGUUAUGUGUCAGUGGAACCUCAUGCUCAAUUUAGCUGUCAUAUCUCUGAGUGGUUGUCUGAUUAAAUAAUUUGUUACUGCAAGAUAUAAACUGAGACAUGUUUCUGAAUUUUAAACAGAGAUUAGCACAACAUAGUAUGACAUUAUUUAGAUGCUGUUACCACAUAUGAAUUGUUUAGUGAUUUGCACCUUGAAUGUUCAAUAUUUGAUCUUAGAGUUAGAUAUUCAAUAUCAAGGUUAUGAAGUGCUGAUGUAAGGAGGUCAACAGGUGCCCUCACUAGAUGUUUUAUACGGUCAGAGUCCAUUAACGCAUUCUUGACCUUCUAACUUGUCAUUAAUACUUUGUUGAAGCGAUUAUAGCACUGGAACUUUUGCUUGCCUGAAUACAUGGAAGAUCCACAUUGAUCUUCUCUUCAUGUUUUAGCCUGGAUCCACUGAGCUUACUGGGCUCUUUCUGGAGAAGCCACCAGAAAAUGUAGUUGCAGUUGCAGGAACGGACAUUACUUUCAUAGCCAAGGUGGACUCAAGCACCCUGACAAGAAAACCCACCAUGAAAUGGCUGAAGGGCAAGUGGCUGGACCUUGGCAGCAAGGCUGGGAAACAUAUGCAGUUCAAAGAAACCUAUGACAGAAAUACGAAGAUCUAUACUUACGAAAUGAAGAUCAUCAAAGUGGUCCCUGGAGAUGCUGGGGGCUACAGGUGCGAGGUGACGGUAAAAGACAAGUGUGACAGCUCCACCUUCGAGAUCUCCGUUGAAGCUGCACAUCAGGAGGAGCAUACAGAUAUUUUGUCUAGCUUCAAGAGAGCGGAUGCUGGGGAGGACGAGGGAGACCUGGAUUUCAGUGCUCUGCUGAAAGCCACUAAGAAGAAGAAGCCUGUAAAAGAGGAACCUGAAAUAGAUGUGUGGGAAUUGCUUAAGAAUGCCCACCCAAGCGAGUACGAGAAAAUCGCCUUUGAGUAUGGCAUCACUGACCUGAGGGGCAUGCUGAAACGUCUGAAAAAGAUGAAGGUCGAGCCCAAGCAUAGCGAGGCUUUCCUGACUAAGCUUGAAUCUUGCUACUCAGUGGAAAAAGGCAAGAAAAUCGUCCUGAAGUGUGAGGUGGUUGAUCCCAACGUCCAAGUCAAAUGGUUGAAGAACGGCCAGGAAAUCAAAUCCUCAGCCAGGUAUGUCAUUGAGGCAGUCGGGAACAUGAGAACCCUUACCAUCAAUAAGGCAACCCUGGCUGACGAUGCGGCGUAUGAAUGUGUGGUUGGCGAGGACAAGUGUUUCACCGAGGUGUUUGUCAAAGAGCCCCCUGUGACCAUCACCAAACUGAUGGAUGACUAUCAUGUGGUUGUUGGUGAGAGAGUGGAGUUUGAGAUUGAGGUGUCGGAGGAGGGUGCUCACGUCAUGUGGUUCUUUGAGGAUAUUGAGCUUCACAAAGACCAUGAUUCCACAAAAUAUCGCUUCAAGAAGGAUGGAAAGAAGCACACACUUAUCAUCCAGGAAGCUACACUGGACGACAUUGGAAUGUACCAUGCUUGGACCAAUGGGGGGCAUACCAAAGGAGAGCUGGAGGUGGAAGAAAAACAGCUGGAGGUGUUGCAGGACAUUGCCGAUCUGACGGUCAAGGCAACAGAUCAGGCUUUGUUCAAAUGUGAGGUGUCUGAUGAUAAGGUCACAGGAAAGUGGUACAAAGAUGGAGUGGAGGUCUUGCCAAGUGAACGCAUCAAAAUGACUCACAUUGGAAGGUUUCAUCGGCUGAUUAUUGAUGACGUGAAGCCAGAGGAUGCUGGAGACUACACGUUUGUUCCUGAUGGAUACGCCCUGUCUCUUUCUGCCAAACUCAACUUCUUGGAAAUUAAGAUCGACUAUGUGCCUAGACAAGAUCCCCCAAAGAUCCACCUGGACACCACUGGAAGCAUGGUCUCCCAAAACACCAUCAUUGUAGUGGCGGGCAACAAGCUGCGUCUGGAUGUGGAGAUCACAGGAGAGCCAGCACCCACUGUUGUUUGGUCCAAAGGAGAUCAGCCAAUUUCAAACAGUGAAGGACGUGUAAGGGUGGAGUCAAAGAAAGACCUGAGCUGCUUCGUCAUAGAGGGGGCAGAGAGGGAGGACGAGGGAAACUACACCAUCUGUGUUACCAACCCUGCCGGAGAGGACAAGGCUGUUCUGUUUAUCAAGAUUGUGGAUGUCCCUGACCCUCCCGAGCACGUGAAAUGCACAUCAGUGGGAGAGGACUGUGCCACCAUCACUUGGGAGCCUCCCAAAUUUGAUGGCGGUGCUCCACUUAAAGGUUAUCUCAUGGAGAGGAAGAAGAAAGGCUCCUCCAGAUGGACAAAGCUCAACUUUGAUGUAUAUGAAUCGACCACAUAUGAGGCUAAGAGAAUGAUUGAGGGUAUUCUGUAUGAGAUGAGGGUGUAUGCUGUCAACAGCAUUGGCAUGUCUCAGCCAAGUCUCAACUCCAAGCCCUUCAUGCCUAUUGCCCCUACUAGUGAGCCAACACGUCUGACAGUGCACGAUGUGACAGACAGCACAUGCAGCCUGAAGUGGCUCGCUCCAGAAAAGAUUGGAGCUGGGGGCCUGGAUGGCUAUGUCAUUGAAUACUGCAAGGAAGGAGACACUGAGUGGGUGGUGGCAAACAAGGACCUUUGUGACAGGCAGGGAUAUGUGGUGCGUGGCCUCCCCGUAGGAGAGAAGAUCAACUUUAGGGUGGUGGCAGUAAACAUCGCCGGACGCAGUCCUCCUGCUACGCUGUCACAGCCCGUCACCAUCCGUGAGAUCAUGGAACAUCCUAAGAUCCGCCUCCCUCGUGACCUGAGAACAAAGUACAUCAGGAAAGUAGGAGACAAGAUCAACCUGACCAUCCCCUUCCAGGGUAAGCCACGUCCUGUCGCAACCUGGUACAAGGAUGGCCAACCCAUUGACCCCAAGAUGGUCAAUGUCCGUAACUCAAAUGUGGACAGCAUCCUCUUCAUCCGCUCAGCAGAGAGAGAACACUCUGGAAAAUAUGAGCUGGUGCUACAGAUUGAGAACAUGGAGGACAGAGCCUCCAUUGAAAUCAGGAUUAUUGAAAGGCCUGGACCUCCUGUGAAUGUGAGGGUAACAGACAUCUGGGGCUUCAAUGCAGCACUGGAGUGGGAGCCCCCCAAGGAUGAUGGCAACUCUGAAAUUACUGGAUACACCAUCCAAAAGGCAGACAUGAAAACUAAGGAGUGGUUCACCGUUUAUGAGCACAACAGACGAACAAACUGCACAGUUUCCGAUUUGAUCAUGGGCAACGAAUACAUGUUCCGCAUCUACAGUGAAAACCUGUGCGGCCUGAGCGAGGAGCCGCGCCCCAGCAAGAACACAGCUGUCAUUGCCAAGACAGGCCUGGUGUGCAAACAAAACCCCUACAAGGAGAGGGACAUGUCCUGCGUGCCCAAGUUUACUCAGCCCCUGGUCGACAGAUCCGUGGUGGCCGGUUACAGCACCGCUAUCAGCUGUGCAGUCAAAGGCUUCCCCAGGCCUAAGAUUAUCUGGAUGAAAAACAAGAUGAUCAUUGGGGAGGAUCCCAAGUACUUGAUGCAGAACAACCAGGGAGUGCUGACCCUCAACAUUCGCAAGCCAAGCACCUUUGAUGGAGGCAAAUACUCAUGCAUGGCUGUCAAUGACCUGGGCAAGGACGAAGUGGAGUGCAAGCUGGAUGUCCGAGUUGCCAUAGAGCCGGAAAAGAAGUGAGAAACUGAACAGCAGAGACUGUGAAAUGAUAUGAACCAAAGAGUGGAUGAACAGUGAAUGUUAGUAUUUAGAAUCUACACUGUCAAGAGUGAAUCAAAUAAAAUUCAUUCAUGCCUGAUAUGAA